UAUCCAACUUCCUUCCAUGAUCAAUUCUCUUGAAGGCUAUCCUCUCCUCUCCUCUCUCUCUCAUCUCUUUCUCUCUCUAUAUAUCCAGAAGAUCGAUGAAAGAAAUAUAUUCAAUAUGUGGUAUUGUUAUUGCAACGGUUUUGUUCGUUGUUUUGUUUGCCAAUUACUUUCUACAAAAUAAUAAAAAUAAGAAGUCGUCUAAAUUGCCGCCUGGAAGCAGAGGUUGGCCGUUAAUUGGUGAUAGCUUCAACUGGUACAGUGCUGUCGCUAGUUCACAUCCCCCUCGUUUUGUCGAACAACAGGUUCAAAGGUAUGGGAAGAUAUUCUCAUGUAGUCUGUUUGGCGAAUGGGCAGUUGUAUCAGCUGAUCCAAGCUUUAACCGAUUUGUAAUGCAAAACGAAGGGAAACUAUUUCAAUCCAAAUAUCCGAAAUCGUUCAGAGACUUGGUUGGGAAGAAUGGGGUGAUCACUGUGCAUGGAGACCAACAAAGAAAACUUCAUGGGAUUGCCUCCAACAUGAUGCGCUUAGACAAGCUCAACUUCCAUUUCUUAAAGGAUAUUCAAUUGGUUAUGCUUCAAACCUUGAACAAUUUCCACAACCAUCAAGUCAUUCUCCUCCAGGAUGUUUGCAGAAAGGUAGCUAUUAAUCUGAUGGUUAAUCAACUGUUUGGAGUGUCGACUGAGUCGGAUGUGAAUGAGAUGGCUAGCUUGUUCUCCGAUUUUGCUGAUGGUUGUCUUUCUGUUCCUAUCAAUUUGCCGGGCUUCACUUAUCACACUGCUAUGAAGGCAAGGAAAACCAUAAUAAGCAAAAUCAACAAGACAAUAGAAAAGCGCAGACAACAAAAGAGAGAAGAAGAAGGAGCGAGUGCAGUAACUACUGGUAAUGGUUUGCUGGGAAGACUGCUCGACGAAGAAAGCCUACCGGAUGACUCUAUCGCGGACUUCAUUAUCAAUCUUCUCUUCGCCGGAAAUGAAACGACAGCUAAAACCAUGCUCUUCGCAGUUUAUUUCCUCACUCACUGUCCCAAGGCCAUGAACCAACUAUUGGACGAGCAACAAAGCCUAAGGAGCAGAUUUGAUGUUGAAGAUAUGCUUACGUGGCAAGAUUACAAAUCAAUGUCUUUCACUCAAUGUGUCAUUGAUGAAACACUUCGACUUGGAGGCAUUGCAAUUUGGUUGAUGAGAGAGGCUAAAGAAGACAUUGAAUACCAAGAUUAUGUUAUUCCCAAAGGAUGCUUUGUUGUUCCAUUUCUUUCGGCAGUUCAUUUAGAUGAAAAUUUGUACAAGGAAGCUCUCACCUUCAAUCCAUGGAGAUGGAUGGACCCUGUAGAUCAGGAAAAGAGAAAUUGGAGAAGCAGUCCAUUCUAUGCUCCGUUUGGAGGAGGAGCCCGUUUUUGUCCAGGGGCAGAGUUGGCUCGCCUUCAAAUUGCUCUCUUUCUUCACUACUUUCUGACUACAUACAGGUGGACUCAACUCAAGGAGGAUCGAAUGUCUUUCUUUCCCUCAGCUCGAUUGUUGAAUGGCUUUCAAAUUCAAAUGACUAGACUGCAUGAUGGAUUGGCAAUGAAGUGAAAGAAAACUUUAUACUUUUUCGUACUAUUUUUAGGACUUUCAUUGCUUUUUAUAAUCAUCUGUAAAUUAUUUGAAAAUCAAAACUUGAAAUUAUUAGUCGGGGGUAUGAAAUUUGGAGACGUGAACGAGGAAGAAAAAAAAAAAAAUGUUUGAGAUGUGUUCAAGAACGGCUUAUGUUUUUGUAUACAUACGCUUGGUGUGGAAUUGUGUUCAAAGACCGGCUUAUGUCUUUGUAUACAAAACAUUAUCAAAUUGUAAAAAUUCUUAAUUUUUUUGAUUCUA